AUGCUACAAGUUUCCGCUAUCUACACUGCCCUCGUCGCCGCGGCUCUUGCCGCUGGCAAUCCAGUUCACUCCCGUGCUGUGGACAAGCUCAACGAUGGCGCCUUCAAAGAGGCCCAGCAGCGGGAUGACACGGCCACCCGCGCCCACGCCAACGCGCAGAUCAAGACGUCCGACGGCCGCUGUCUCUUUGUCGAUGCCUUAUCGGGCGACUUCCGCGCCAACUUGACGCCGCUGCAGAUCGCUGACUGCGGCGGCAACCAGACCGGGCAAGGCUUUGACGUCAUCACAAAGGGCAAGCACAAUGAUCAGCAAGGCCAGGCCCUGGUGGUGAGCUCGCUGACGCAGGCGUGUCUGAGCUUCGACCCCAGACGACCGGCGGACUCUCAGGUGCAUCUGUUUUCAUGCGGCGGAAGAGCAGAUGGCGGUGGUGAGGUGUCCAACUCGCAGCUCUUUGCUUUUGACGGCAAGGAGCAGGGCGCUAUCUCGCUUAAGCCGCAGAACAGCCCUGGCAAGUGCCUGGCGUCGGCCGGUACUAAAGUCGUGAUUGGAGACUGCGACGAUAAAGAUGUCAAGCAAAAGUUUACGUUUGGCGGUGAUGCUGGUAAAGGCAAUGGAGGCAACAGCAACAAGGGCGCGAGUGGGAGUAAGCAGCCUGUGCCCAGCUCCAGUGCCGCUCGAGACACAGCCAGCACUGCUACGAAACCUCCCAAGUCACAGUUGACUUCUGCGUCUCUACCUCUGAAGUCUCUCGUUUCUGGCGAUGUCGAUAGCAAGUGCAGUCUCAAUGUGGUCACCGUCGUCAAUACCGUCACCGUCACCAUGCCGCCUCCCAAGGGCAUGGGCGGUGCGACCAACGUUCUUUACUCAACCAUCUUCCCCACCGAGACGGGAUCCCCCGGAAAAAAAGCUCUGAAGAACAAAAAUAGCAGUGGCUGCAGCGACGGUGGCAGCAGCAAAAAUGGCGGAAGCAAGAACAAGGGCGAUAGCAACAACACUGGGGGUAGCAACAAGAAUGGUGGAAAAAUCGUUGGCGGCUGCAGCGGAGGCAAUGCAAGCAACAAUACCUCCGCGACCAACAUCGGCGCCGCCACAACCACCACGACCACCCGCGCCGUCAACGGCCAGCACACGGCCAACCCGACCACUGAGGCUCCCGUCUCGCGUGGCGGCAUCAAGCUCAACCCGACGGCCGCCGCCUCUGCCAACCAGUUCGACACGACGGCCCGCCGCGCCCUCGAGAGCGUCAACCUGCGCGCCGCCGACGGCCGCUGCCUGGCCAUCAACACAACCGCGGGCGACUUCCGCCAGAACCUGAUCCCCAUCGGCUUCGCCGAGUGCAGCGAGGACCCGACGCAAAAGUUUGACGUCGUGACCCAGGGCAAGCACAAUGACGCCAAGGACGGCAAGGCUCUCCUGGUGAGCGUCCUGACGAAUGGGUGCCUGAGCUUUGACAACCGCCGCCAGCAGGGGGAUACGGUGACGGUGUUUUCCUGCGGUGGCCGCGCAGAUGGAGAGGGUCAAACGGCGACGUCUCAGCUAUUCCCGUUUGACGGCACCAACAACAUUGUUCUGCAGCCCAGCUCCGACGAUGAAAAGUUUUGCCUCGUCGCUGGCAAGGAUAGGCUGGAUUCGACGAGCUGCGACAAACAAAAGGACCAAAUUUUUGAGCUUGUGGAAGUUCUCAAGUCAACGGCCGAUAAGCUACUGGCAAAUAAGCUUGACAGACCGCCGGACUCGGGCGAGUGGGGCCGAUCCACCGGUUCACGAACAGCUCAACCUCAACCAGAUCUGCGUCACUUUGCCGAUCCGUCCAAUCACCGUCACACCACAACAGCGCUGGCAUCGUGCUUGCCUCUUACCCGCACCAUGGCUACGCCCGUGGCCGUCGCCGCCUUUGCUGCGGUCGGCGUGCCGCUCGUCACCGCGGCCCUCAUCCUCGUGCCCCGUCUCGGGCUCUUCCGCGCCACGGGGCAGCCGCACGCCGUCCUGCCCAAGCCCGUCUCCCGCCUCGACGGCCGCGACGUCCUCACCAUCAUCCUACUCAUCCUCGCCAAGCUGCUCCAGCGCGUCUUUGGCCUCGCCCCGCCGCUCGUGCCCUCGGCCGACCGCCGCGGCUUCGACCUCCCCGCGCUGUCCGUCACCAGCACCCUCGCCAUUGACGAGGACGACCUGCUGCGCUUCGACGCCGCGACAUCCCCGGGCUCGAAAAAGGCAUCCUCCGCCAAGGCGCAGUCCAACUCUGCGGCCGAGAACAACCGCUCCCUCCUCAUCGCCGGCCUCGUCAACCCCCUCAUGUCCAUCCUCCUCGCCAACCGCAACCUCCCCAUCCACCCGUUCGGCGCCGUCAACACCCGCAACACCUUUACCUUUCUCGACCCCGAGGCCUGCCGCUACCCGACCCAGGUGCUCGACCCUACGCGCGGCAUCACCGUCUCCGCCUCCCUCGGCGGGCCCAGCAACCCCGGCCGCCGGGUCAAGCGCGGCAUCGAGUUUGAGAUAUACUUUGAGGUCGCGGCCCUGCGCCGCGGCGACACCUCCCCGACCGUCAUCUUCAAGCAGGUCGGCGCCGUCCUGGCCCACCUGCCGCGCGACACGAAGCCUCUCUACAGGGACCUGAGCUCGACAUUGGCCGUGGACGGGGCUGGUGAGGAAGAAGAUGAGAAGGAGCCGGCGUGGAUGUCGGCGGAUGGCGAGAUUGUGGAACUCGGCAUGCGGGCGCCCAAGAAGUGGGCGGCGCUGUGCCGCGACUACAACCCCAUCCACAUGUCGAGCAUCCUCGCCCGUGCCUUUGGCUUCCCGGGCAAGAUUGCGCACGGCAACCACGCGCUCGCCCGUGCCGUGGAGCUGAUUGCGCGGGACCCCGCGCGCGUCAUGACGCCGGGCUUGAGCACCGCGGACAAGGCCUCGCUGCUCCUGUCGCGGUCCGAUGACGGCAAGGAGACGCCGAGCGCGCUCGAGGUGCACUUCAAGCGGCCCAUGGUUUUGCCGUCGCGGCUGGGGCUCGAAGUGGCUGAUGUCAAGAGCGGCUUUGCCCUGCGUGUGGUCAAGAAUGAAAAGGAGCACCUGACGGCCAUGUGGACAAAGCUGUGA